AUGAUUUCUUCCGUCGGGCUUCACGCGACAAUUAAUUUGGAUUCAACGGCUUUCGCAUCGUCGCGACAUACCUCGAUUUAUUUCAUACAUACUAUCCUCCCCAUCCCUACGCCGAUGGCCGACAAACCCUCCAAGGCCGUUGCGCCGACCCAGCGCAAGGAAAGCAAGAGACUGGCGGAAGCACGAAAGACCUACGGACGAGGCAAAGCCAUCCAUACUUACAGCGUGAAGGACAAGAAGCUACGCGACAAUCUCAAAGCCGUCGAGGCCAAGUACAAGGCGGCGACCCUACGAUCGAAGGAUGCGGAGAUCCUGUUGGAGCACGAUGCCGGGUUCCUCGAGCCCGAAGGAGAGCUGGAGAAGACAUACAAGGUCCGUCAGGAUGAGAUUCGCGACAGCGUGGGCAUAGAGACGGCCAAGAAAGGAUUCGAGUUGAAGCUGGAAGACCUUGGCCCGUAUCGCGCGGACUACACAAGGAAUGGACGGGAAUUGCUGCUGGCGGGUCGCAAGGGUCAUGUUGCGACGAUGGACUGGCGGUCGGGGAAGUUGGGAUGCGAGCUUCAGCUGGGGGAGACGGUUCGUGACGCUCGCUGGUUGCAUAACAACCAGUAUUUUGCGGUCGCGCAGAAGAAGUAUCUCUACAUCUACGACCACACAGGAGCAGAACUGCACUGUCUCAGCAAGCAUUUGGAGCCGCUCAAUCUGGAAUUUUUGCCGUACCACUUCCUUCUCGCGAGCACGGUAAGCAUUCCAUCUCCAUGGAUUGAUAUUGUUCAGGGCGAUCUAACGACUUUUGUCUAG